AUGAAUGAAGAGGUAUCUACUGACAACGAUAAUGAGCCAUUUUCUCUUGACCUUGUUGAUCCAGCAAAUUGGGGAAAUAUGAAUACGAAUUUAAGAGAUUUAAUUGUAAUGAAAGGUCCUGUAAGAGAAAAUGAUCUGAUUUUUCCGAAAGAUGGAGCAAAUCGACACUUCUCAUCCACACAUUACAUUCGACGAUUACCUAAUGGAGAGAAGUAUGAUAGAAAAUGGUUGAUAUAUUCAAAAAGUUUGGAUAAAGUAUUUUGCUUUUGUUGUAAGCUAUUUAAGAAUAAUGGGAUCAGAACCCAAUUGGCACAUGAUGGAGUAAAUGAAUGGAAAAAUGUUGGUGAAAAACUUAAAAUGCAUGAAAAUAAUUUAGCAUUUCGUGGGGGCAAUGAGAAGACAUAUCAAGAAAAUAAUGGUAUCUUUUUAAGCAUGAUUCAAAUGAUUGCUGAGUUCGACCCCGUAAUGCAAGAGCAUGUUCGUCGAUUAAAAAGUAAAGAGAUUCAUUAUCAUUAUCUAGGACACAAAAUUCAGAAUGAGUUGAUACUUAUGCUAGCGGGCGAGAUAAAAAAAAUCAUUGAGAAACUCAAAAUUUCUAAAUACUUUUCUGUUAUACUUGAUUGCACUCCAAAUACAAGUCACGAAGAACAAAUGUCAAUGAUAUUGAGGUGUGUAGAUAUUUCGACAAGUCUAGCGAAGGUUGACGAAUUCUUUUUAGGGUUUUUAUUAGUGGAUGAUACAUCAGUUUUCAAAGAGAAUGUAACUGGUCUUAUCCUUAAGCCUUUGUCACAAACUCGUUGGGAAAGCCAUAUUGAAAGUGUUAGAGCGAUAAGAUUUCAAGCUCCACAGAUAAAAAAAAGACUUACUACAAUUAGCAAAUUGUUAAAUAAUGUUAAUAGAGUAGGCAAACAAUUGCAAGCAGAAGACAUGCAUAUUGAUGUUACUAUAGACCAUUUAAAAGGCCUCAUUUCAUUUUUCAAAAGUUAUAGAGAAUCUGAUUUUGAAUCGGCCAUGGUUGAUGCUAAAGAGAUUGCAAUGGAUCAAGCUCUAUCAUUACUUCAGAAUAGAUUUGAGCAAUUUCAGAAAUAUGAUGAUAUUUUUGGAUUUUUGUUUGAUUUGAAAAGACUUAAAUCUAUUGAUGAUGAUGUUUUGAAGUAUUCUUGCAUUAAACUUGAAAAUUACUUGAAGCAUAAUACGAUUUCUGAUAUUGAUGGAAUAAAAUUAUUUUCUGAGUUGAAAGUUUUAAGGGAAGCAAUAUCUGCAAGCAUUUUUGGAGCAAUUGAUGUAUUGGAUUACAUUAAGAAAAUGAACUGUUGUUAUGCAAAUGCUUGGAUUGCUUAUAGAGUAUUAUUGACUAUUUCUGUCACAGUUGCCUUUGUCGAAAGAAGUUUUUCAAAGUUGAAGUUGAUUAAGUCUUAUUUUCGAUCAUCCAUGUCACAAGAGCGAUUGAAUGGAUUAACUAUGAUUUCAAUUGAAAAAAAUAUGUUGGACAAACUUGAUAUUAGUAGUUUGAUUACUAAUUUUACAUCUCAAAAUGUGAGAAGGUUAAAUCUUAUGCUAGCCUAA